AUGACUGAUGAAAAUGAAAUUGAUAAUGAAGCAAAUAAUAUUGAUAUUAACGGAAAAAUUGAGAAUUAUCAUCAACCACCAUUAAAAAUGAUAUUAGAAACAAGUAAUAAUUCAAAAAUUGAAUGUAGUGUUCAUAAUGUAAUUCGUAAACAUUUUCUUGAACAACGAUCAAUAACAUGGAAACCAAUUAAAGUUGAAUUAAUUGUUAAUACACAAUUAACAGAUGACUUUUUUGCAAUACGAAAAAAAUUUGAAAAAGCAUCUGAUGGUAAUCGAUCUGAAUUUGAAGAACAUUAUGGAUUUUUAAUAGAAAAUGAUAAUCAAAUAUCUGAGAUAUGUAAUAAUGGUUAUCAUUGUACAGAAACUCCUUUCAAUGUUCUAGGCCAUAGUAAAUGUGGUGUAUACGUUUGCAAAUAUGCUGAUGUAUGCAUUCGACAAGCUAGUGUUCGUCGAACAUGGGAAGGAAGCGUAACAAUUAAAAUGCUCAUUUUUAAGAUUGUUGAAGGCAAACAAACAGCUGCUCUUGUUCGAAAAGGACCUAAAUUACAACCUAUAGCACCAACACCGCUAUUUACAAGUCAUAGCUCUGUAAUUACACCUAAAGAAACUGAUGAUCUUGAAAAACAAUUUGAUCAAUCACAAAUUUUUUUAUAUGAAUUCGAAGGUCGAGAAGCAGUUAAACGACCUCAUCAUUGUUUACCUUAUGCUAUUGUUAGUCUAAUACAAGAUGGAAGUCAAUGGCCAACAAACUUUGAUGAUUUAGAUAUAGUACCUGAUAUAUUAGAAACAGAUACAUUAAGAGUUGUUGCACAAGCUGAUGAUCCUUCAUUACAAAAUAAAAUGAAAGAAAAUGUUGAAUUAGCUGAAGCAGCAACACUUGCACUAGAACAUAUUUAUGAAGAAGAACCACCACCACCAUCAUCAUUACCAAUACCAGUAGAACCACCACAACAAGAACAACAACAAGAACAACAACAACAACAACAACAACAAUCACCUAUACAAACAACAGAUACAGAAACAAUACCAACGAUUGUAACAUCAGAUAAUACAUCAAGUGUUAUAAUCAAUGGAAUUGAACCAUCAGUAUUACCUGUAAUGUUAAAUGAUAAUCUAUCAGAAACAUCACCACCUUCAACAGUAGUAUUAAUAAAUAAUACUGAUGGUUUAUUAGAUUCUACAAUACAACCACCACCGCCACCACCACCAUCAUCAUCACCAUCAUCAUCUUCUUCUUCGACAGUACAAACAGUUUCAACUGCUAAAACACCAGUUACAGUAGUAACAACAACGCCAGCAACAACACUACCAUUAUCUCAUCAAGCAUCUGCUAUACAAGCAGCCUAUCGACAACAAGCAAGUCUUUUAGGUGCACUUCCAACAGCAGCUGCUCUACGAACAGCACCAGGUGCUGUUUAUGCAACCACAGCGGGUCUUUCUAAUGGUCUUAAUGGACAAAUAGUUUACGGUGGUGUUUCAUUAGAUGCACUUCGUGGUUAUCAAACGGCAUCUACUGCUGCUGGUAGUCCCUACGUAUUGGCUACACAAGGUGGUCAAACAAUACAACAACCAGCACUUUAUGCAGCUCAAUUACAAGCUGUUGCACAACAACAACAACAACAAGCUCAAAUGGCUGCAGCAAUUCAACAACAGCAACAACAACAACAACAACAAAGUUUAAUGAGUGGUAUUCCAGCUGGUUGUAUGCUUGUACGUACAGCAAAUGGUGGUUAUGCUUUA